GUUGAUUUAGCUCUGUUUUUAUCUUCAGGUAUUUCAAAGAAAGAUAGCAAGAUGUGUGGUUAUACGUGCAUAAGAUACUUGGUGUUCUUCUUUAAUGUUAUCUUCUUUGUAAGUACUAAGUACUGUAUACCACUAUUCCAUAUAAUUGUAGAAAUAAGUAUUAGCACAUAAUACAGACAAACAGAAGAUCGAUUUCUUGGUUUUUCCUAUGAUUUUGGCGUAACCGUAAUUCGUCAUCAAAAUGCUGACGCCAUAGCAACCUCGCUAGCCAGGGUCUUUACUUCCGCACGGCGUAGCGCCAGGGGAGUGAUUGCCUCUCAUAAGCGCACUGUGGCUAUCGUCCCCUAUCGGGUCAACGGAGAUUGUACGAAUAAGUUUCCACUUUCCAUUAUGGAAUAAGGAAUUCUUAUAUAGGAAAUUUCCUAUUCCUAUAGGAAUUUGGGCCAAUGUUUAAUACGAAUUCCAAUAGGAAUUUCUAGAAUUGAAAGAGUGAUUCCUAUAGGAUAUUUUCGUAUAAUGGUUAAAUGGUUAAUUGAUUACUUUAAUGUCAACAGAGGGCAUUAAUGUGCUAACCAGACAACUGUACAGUAUAUUGUUCUGGAAUGUUUGGUGCGUCAGGGUGCCUGUUAAGGUGACGAAGAAUAGAAACUGAGAACUUUUAUUAAAUCCGACAUUUUGAGCGAAUACCCCUUGCCCGGAAAUUAGUUGCGUGGAAAUUAUUACACUGUGAGUCCACAGUCUAUUCUACUAAUGAGCUUUCAGACGAAGAGCCUUUGCUCGAAAUGUAUUUUUUAAUAUUUAACAGUUAUUCUACGAACUCAAGUCGAAUAUUGAUAUUCUCUAGCUCAUAUUCGAUAGCUGAUAUUCCCUCGCUCAUAUUCGAUAGCUGAUAUUCCCUCGCUCAUAUUCAACGAGACUGAGUGGAAUAACUGUUUUAUUAUAUACACAAUGUCUGAAUUCACAGACUUUGCUUUUCGGAUUAUGUUUUUAUCGCUCUUUUGGCCGAUUAUUUUUUCAGAAAUAUAUAUUUUUAGCCAUUUUAAAUUUAAAAGUUGCUAACCUGUAAACAAUUUGUGGGAGUUUUUUCAUUGUGUUUUUAAUCCUGUAAAGGCUAUAAAAAGCGAACAACUUGCCGUUUUCUCGUACGUUCGCAAUCGUCGGAAAUUCAAUUUGAGCCGCCAUUUUGUUUUUCUCUACUAGCAGGAUUUGAGCUAAUAUCCUGCUAGUAGAGAAUCAAUCAGAUUGCAGAAUACCUCAUAUCCAGACCUUGUGUAUAUAUUAAUUUCUGAUAUUCCUUGUCAAACACGUUGAGCCCAUUACAUUUAGCAAAAAGUCCGCGAGUAUUUUGACUUAAGACGUGAGUAAAAUAAUGCAUCCAAGUGACUCAAAUUUUCGCAAAUUUAUUAGCAAAUUUACUCAUUUUUUGAGUAAAAUUUCAAAUGUACUCAAUUUUUUGUGGGUGCAUUAUUUUACUCACGUUUUUGAAUCAAAGUUUUUUGCAAUGUACACUACGGCCAUAUGUCGUUAUUUUUGCUCUGUCUAGUGUGUGUACUCUGUUUUACGAUUAUUUCACAGCAGCAAUAUUACUCGUUAUGGGUGAGAAAGUGCUGGCAUAGUCUAUCAAGAUAUGAUAGUCUGGAAACUAAACAGAAGCCAUUGUACUAUGUUUUUGUCUGAGCUUAUGUUAAUUUGUGCACGAUCACAGUGAUUGAGCUCAUUGUAUUUUCAUAUAGCAAAGUACUAAAGUAAUCGUCCAAUAGGGAUAGCUGAGAUGAAACAUGCAAGUAUGCAACCACAAUGAAUAAUAUUAAUUAAAGUGCCUAUGCGACAAUUUUUUUUAUGAAUGAAUUGCAAAGUUCAUGUAAAAUCAUAAUAUAACUUGUUUUCUAAAACUUUGUAUUCUCUCCUGUAUGUCAAGAUUUUCGACUUUGUUUGAUAUACAAAUGUGACUUGAAUGACGUCACACUGCAUAAUGAGUUUUCAGAAAGAAAACGUUUCCUUGCCAAACAUGUAAUAAUUCCACUGACAUUGAAAGUGAUAUACUUUAAGAGCUAUCAAAGCGAUCAUUUCGUCUGUAAAUUUGAGAUAAUGAGAAUUUUAACAAGCUACAACACAGUCUUCUGUAAAAGCAUUAUGCAGUGUGACGUCAUUUAAGUCACAUUUGUAUAUCAAACAAAGUCGAAAAUCUUGACAAAUAGGAAAGAUUACAAAGUUUUAAAAAACAAGUUAUAUUAUAAUUUUAAAUGAACUUUGCAAUUCAAUCAUAAAAAUUGUCGCAUAGGCACUUUAAAUGAAGUUGAGACAAAGGAUUUGUGCAUGGUGAGGUACAGUUCUACAUCAAACAAAGGCCUUCUGUAUUGUGGCUUUGAAGUUUACCGGGCUUCCAGACCAUUAUAUCUUGACAGGCUAUGGAGCUGGGCAUUAAAUUGAGUUAACCAGUCUAUCAAUCAGCCCGCAUGUUAAACCUAUUCAGCAUGCACAAAGGUAAUUUCACACAGCAGGGGGAAAGUAUUGAUCAUUAUUGGUUUAACGCGUUAAGGUUGGCUCCCUACUGUUUUUGGGCAAGAGGAAAAUUUUAAACCAUUUAGGGAGGAAUUUUUGAACAAUGGUUACUUGUUGAAAAGCAAAUGGUAUCUGAGUUAUAGAAAAUGGUUCGUGAAGAGUAUAAAAAAUUUAACAAAAAUGACUUCACUGCCUUGAGCGUUUUCUAUUAGUAAAAAUAAUUAUUUAGCCAACUUAAUUUGUGAAAAAAUCGCCAGUGUAGAAAUUGUUACGUUUAGUUGAAAAAAAUUCAUACUUUUCAUGGAGUAUUCUCUAUACCUGAGAUACUGUAUUUGUUUUAAUUCGUAAAUUUUUCAGUCGCAAAAGACACCCAAUAUGAUGUACCAUAUACAGUUUAUAUUUUUAUGUUUGAUAUCUUAUUUAGAUCACUGGUGCUGGCCUUGUAGGAACUGGGGCCUACCUGCGUAUAGAAAAAGAUGAUUAUUUGGAUCUUUGUGAUAAAUAUUCAUGGGCAACUGGGGCGAAUCUCUUACUUGCUGUUGGUGCAAUUAUCCUUGUUGUCGCUUUCUUUGGUUGCUAUGGUGCCUGGAAAGAAAGCUCAUGUUUACUGGGAAUUGUAAGUUUAUCUAAAUUUCUAUAUUACCAGGGUUCGUAGCGGUCUUUGAAAUCCUUGAAAGUCUUUAAAUUGGAAUGCAGGUCUUUGAGCUCUUUGAAAAGUCUUUAAAUUGUGUGAAAAAGCGAAGAAAAUCUUUAAAAGUCUUUAAAUUCUUUAAAAGUCUUUAAAUUCUUUAGUAAGGAAUUGAUUAUACGAUUUCCUAGCUAAUAAAAUAGAUCGAUUGAAUCAAGAUUUUCGCAUUAAAUAUCGACGAAUAUGCGCAUUUUAGGAUGUGAUUUGACCGGACUAAUUACUGGGUAAAAAUGGUGCUUACACUCGCAAUUUUUCGACAGCUGAUUGCUCUCAAAGGUCUUUGAAAAGUCUUUGAAAAUAGGCAGAAAAAAUCUUUGAAAGUCUUUGAAUUUUUUUGGUCUUGGAGACUACGAACCCUGAUUACGCAUAAUUAAUAUAUACCCCACUAUAUUAUUGUACUGUGUAUGCAUAACAUGUACAGACCUGUUAUUUUGGGCACGUGACUGUUCUUGCAUCCUUUUGUUUGGAUUAAUUGUCUGGCUUGAAUUGCCUCACAAAUAGUGAUUUAAUGCGAUCGAUAAAGAAAGGAUUUUAAAGGACACGUUAAGUUUUUUUAUGGAUUAACUGCAUGCUUUAUGUACUGCAUGUAUAAAACAUAUUUUGAUGUAAAUAAUAAAUAAAGUUUUCUCAUUUACUUGUAUAAAAUUAAUAUAGUUCCAAGAUAAACAGAAUUAAGAUUUAUUAUAAUUGUUCUUCUUGUGUGGACCGCUAAAUAUAGUUUUGUUCAGUGUAAAACAAUUUACAGUUUUCCCCAAUACGUACAUGAACUUGGAGAUCCAUACAAUAAAAGAUUUGACUCUUUUUUUCGUUUGCGGCAGCAGGGAUGAAAUGUAGGCAUUUUUCAAACUUUCAAUACAAAAACAAAUAUCAUGUCAUUUAUUCUUGAUUUACAUAUAGUAGCCAAGAGAGUGCCUUGGGUCACCGAGCAGCAAUGUUGGUCUGAAGCAUAUUCACCUUUUCUUAUUCCCUUAUCGUAAUCUUGAACAAAACACAAGGAAUUCAAUAGAAAUAUUUUAUGUUUGUAGUUCUUCGUUUUUCUGUUGAUAAUUUUCGUCUUGGAGCUUGCUGCUGGUAUCUAUGCUGCUACAGAAAAAUCAAAGGUAUUAAAGAAACAUUUGAAAUGAAACAUGCAUAUAUGUAAGUUCUGUAGUAAACCCCUGUUUAAAAUUUUCCCGUCAGUUAAAGCAUUAUCAUUCAGUUUCAUACUGUAAAUACGGUGAAUUGAGUAAACGUGCUAUCUAAAUCUAUCACGUGACUGUUUGCAGGUUGAAGAUGAACUGAAGGGGUGUUUGAAUGGGACCGUUACUGACAAUGAUUACAGGAAGGCUUGGGAAAAGUUUGAAGAAGAGGUUUGUUGUUUUGAAAUUUAUGGCAUAUUAGGGGCCAUAUGUGUAGACCAAAUAAAAAAUAAUUGGUAAAGUUAUUCUAAACCAAAGUACAUAUUCUGAAACAAUAACAAGGUUGAUGUAUUGACAGCCUGGUAACGCUGGCAACGUUUUUGGGCUGUGCUUCAUCACCUUAUUUAACAGAGUUACACUGUAAUUUUUUUUAACUUUAAUCUUUAGUUUGAGUGUUGCGGAGUAAAUGGUAAAAGUGACUACAUAUAUCACCCGCAAAUCAAUGACACUUGCAUGGGGAAGGCGUAUAAAGAUAAGGUACGUAUCAUGAUAGUUAUAGUUUUUGAGUUCACCAUAACCAAGCCCUAUACCACAGAGUAAGAGGAGUCAAUGUAUACUAAAUGAUAAUGUCUUAUCUUGUAGUAUUGUUCCAACAUUGAGGAAUGCAUAAAACACGAGCUAACCAAAAUUGAAUGACAAAUUAUUGUGUUAGGCCUAUAAUAAAUUACAUAUACUUAGGCCUGUUUUAUACGUCGAAUGUAAUUCAAACAAUAGAUAAUGAAGCUUAAUGAGGUUGAUCAUCUCAUCUAUUGUCUUAAUUGCAUUCGACGCGACUAAAAUUCGACGUAUAAAACAGGCGGAUGCCUAAGUUGAUCAUGUCUUAAUGAACUGAGUCUGUUAUCCACUACAUGUACAAAUAUUUCACGAGUCUGAUGAUCAACUAAAAAAUAAUAGUUUCACAUUUUAACAAUAAUAGGCGUAGGAAUGUAGUCGCAUUUUGGAAUGUUUUGACACAAAACCAUGGCACGAUUUUUGGGCGAAAAAAGCAUUCGCGGUUAUCGUAAUAUACUUUUCGAAAUGUUCAUCUGCAAGAACCCAUGUUUGCAUGCAUAAAGUUCUUUAAAUUUUGAAGUGAACGUGGUAGUCCAUGUGCUUUUCCUGAUGUGAAUGUUUCAAAAUUACAGCAGUUUCCCGAACACGGCAAUGGCCAGUUUUCGUCGUCCAGAGUAUACGAAAUAUAACUGAAUCAUAAGUAUAAUUUAAAAACUCAUCAAUAAUUAUGAACUUUUUCUGUGUUGGUGUAAUGUACUCAGCUAACUCAGGUGAAUAUCAUGCUUGUGAUGUUACUCUGAGUGUAUAUCCACACCGGGCAAGCUUAAAAAAUAUGCCUGGCCACGGUGGGAAUCGAACCUACGACCUUUGGAAUACUAGCCCAAUGCUCUGCCAAUUGAGCUACGCUAUUUCGGAACUGGGUCAAGUUCCUUCGAUAUCGAUGUAAUCCAGUAAUCAUGAGUUUUUCUGUGUUGGUGUAAUGUACUCAGCUUGCCCGGUGUGGAUAUACACUCAGAGUAACAUCACAAGCAUCAUAUUCACCUGAGUACAUUACACCAACACAGAAAAAAAUUAUGAUUCCUAGAUUACAUCGAUAUCGAAGGAACUUACUUGACCCAGUAAUAUUACAUACUCGAACCGACCUGACCGCGUAGCUCAGUUGGCAGAGCAUUCCAAGGGCUAGUAUUCCAAAAGUCGUAGGUUCGAUUCCCACCGUGGCCAGGCAUAUUUUUCAAGCUUGCCCUAUGUGGAUAUACACUCAAUGUAACAUCACAAGCAUCAUUAAUAAUUGAUGAGAAAAAUACAAAAGAAAUCAUUGCCGACCAGGCUAUAUGUGACAAAAAAUCAUGUUCAUGUACAUAAACACUCGUGUUUUAUAUCUGAUAAAGUACUCUUGCUCGUGUUUUACAUAGUACUUAAAGAUGACUGUUUUAAUGUUGAAACCAUGUCAACUAUAGGGUUGUUAUAAUCAAAUCAAAGAUGAUCUUAAAAACAAUCUCGUCAUUGUGAUUGGUGUUGGUAUUGGUUUCGCUGUUAUUCAGGUAUGCUAUGAAAUAUGAAAGUUAUCAGUUAUGCAUGUCAUUCCAGUGAUUAUCGGACCAACAACAAGGAAGUAGCGGCGGAAGGCCAACUAGCCUGCGAGCAGGUUCUCUAGGUGAAAUGAGAGCUUGCACUGAUGACAUACAAUUUUGAAUAUCUGCCCCGAAACGUUCGUUUUUGCAAAUAUGGAAUCAGGAAUGUCUAUCCUUUGGUGUUGUUUACAACUUUCGUGCAAAUUAGAUUUAGACCGUGCAGUUUAUGCUGUUUUUUCAAAAUAUAAGAUAUUCCAGGAAAAAUUUAAAUAUUUUAAAUGCUGUUUUCUCAAAACAGAACAUUUCGUGUUUUGAGAUAAGAUGGCCAAAACCAAUUUGAUCAAUUGAUGUGUUUUUAUGCAUUAAUGCAUAGUGCUUCAGCAGUUGACAUAUAUAGAGCUCAGCAGAAACAUAUAUAUGUUAUUUACCAGCUGCGAGGUCCGUACUGAAAAAAUAUUUCCCUAGGUCUCAGAAGCGGCCAAAGGCCGAGGGACGCUUCUGAGGCCGAGGGAAAAUAGUUUUUUAGUACGGACCGACGUAAACGGUAAAUAACGUGUUUAUUUUUUUAUUUGAUAGUUCAUGGUUACAAUGAAAUUCCGAUAAAAUUCCAGUUGCGAAGCACAUUUGAGAUCUGUUGCGUUUGUUACUUUAAUAGUGCAAGCAUGGCUGACAAACUGCUAAAACGACGCGAUAAAAGCUGGAUAAAAAGCUUUUAGUUUCAUUGCAAUAGACGCUUUCUACUCAACAUGAAAACAGAAGGUAAACAAAGUAAAAAUAUUUAUUUUCCGAUUCGUUUUGCAGCAUGGACAUGCUUGAAAAAUGCUUUUUGACAGACAAAUACAAAUUUUAGUUGCCGAAAAACAAUUUGUUCUUUACAACAUUUAUAAAAACAAUUUUUCCCGAAUAAGCCCAGGAAUCGUCUUUAAACUGGCAUUUAAGGUGUUUUUUUUUAAAUUUUAUGUUUAAGGACAAGUUGUACGUUGUACUAUUUAUAUUUAUACGUAUAUAUUUUCGAAGAAUAGCUGAAUAUAUGUAGAACAUUUGAAUCAAAACAUGUAGCACUGGCAAGUGUUUUUCGAUGUUUAUAUUUGUGGUUUUUUCGCAGUUUGGUGGGAGAAAAGUACAUUUCGGGCUUGGCACUGAAGCCAAUUCACUGAAGCCAAUUCACUGUAUUUUACUGUCUUUAGUAUCGAUAGGGUGGAUUUUAAAAUUUUUUGGGUAGUGUUUUGAGUUUGAAAAUUGUCCUCACUCCUCGGUUUUUCGCGAAAAAAUAACUCUUUUAGACCGCGGUCAAGAUAUCGUAAAAAGCUGCCCGCUGCUGCAGCCAAUCAGAUUGCAGGAAAUCAAAAAAUACCACUAGGCAUGCACAAAUAAAAAAAUAAAUAAAUUUAUUUUAUUAUAGUAUCUGACCAAUUAGAAUUUCGCGUCCCUAUUCGAGACGCAGAUAUUCAAAAUUGUCAACGAGAAGUAGCGACGAAGGGCUUUCGCUCGAAACGUCGACGUUCUCCUUGUAUUUUUCAUGUAGUUGUAUCCUUGUCAAUCUGAAGCUUUCUUAUCAGAGUUAAUUGCACAGUAAAGUUUUUGAAGGUUGAGGAGUCUUAAAUAUUUUGUUUUUAUAGAUUCUUGGUAUGGUGAUGUCAUUAUGGAUGAUCUGCCAGAUCAAGAGUGGAGGAGAAAUGGCUUAGUUACCAACAUCUUCAUAGACAUCGUUAUACAUAACUUUGGGAUAGUAAAACCUAUAGUUUGGACAUACAUAAGGUUAAUAUAGUUUUGUUAUACUGUACAGACGAUGUAACGCAUAUACAUUAUAUCGCCAAAUGCAUAUGCUGUGUUUUAAAUGAAUGUAUUACGAUAGAAUUAGAUAAAUAUUAACAUUUUUAUAGUAAUAUCAUAAUAGUUUCUAUAAAAAAUAAAUUGUUGUCAGUUGGACUUUGGCAC